AUGGUGGAGGGACCUGGCAGCAGGGGAUCUGAGAAGAAGAAUCUGGAAGGUUUAGGGAGUCAUCCAGCAGCUCCUCAUCCCCAAAGCUCUGCAGGGCUGAUGGCUGGUCAGCCCCACAGUCCCCGGGUGCUCCUCAGAGCUGCAGGGCACCACAGCAGGAGGCCCAGCACAGAGCUCCGGGGCCCGCCCAGUCCAAGUCUCACCAUGGACUCUCAGUACGAGACAGGCCACAUUCGCAAGCUGCAGGCCCGGCACAUGCAGAUGCAGGAGAAGACUUUCACCAAGUGGAUCAACAAUGUCUUCCAGUGCGGCCAGAUGGGCAUCAAGAUCCGUAACCUGUACACAGAGCUGGCUGACGGCAUCCACCUCCUGCGGCUGCUGGAGCUCAUCUCAGGGGAGGCCCUGCCACCCCCAAGCCGUGGCCGCCUGCGUGUGCACUUCCUGGAGAACAGCAGCCGAGCUCUGGCCUUCCUCAGGGCGAAGGAACCUGAGAAGGGUGUGCUGGGCUACGCUAAGCAAAGCCCAGACCCCCACCUCAAGGCACCUGGCUUCAAUGGGAGACAGAUUCAUUGA